GCUGACAGCAACAGCAAACCAAACUGACCUUCUUCGCGGCCUCGUCGCUCGUCCUGGAGUCAGACGAGGACCUUGAAUGUUUUUCAGCAGCGGUAUUUGAUUUUUCUGCGUUAACUUUUAUAGAACAGACACACAGCCAUGCCCACGACGCUGGAAGUCCCCUCACUGCAGGAGCUCAACGUGGAUGAGAUCAAUGUGUCAUCUGCAGUGCUGAAGGCUGCUGCCCACCACUAUGGCUCCCAGUGUGACAAACCCAACAAGGAGUUUAUGCUCUGCCGCUGGGAGGAGAAGGACCCCAGAAAGUGUAUGGAAGAAGGGAGGAAAGUCAACGAGUGUGCGCUCAACUUCUUCAGGCAAAUCAAGGGAAACUGUGCCGAGUCCUUCACGGAGUACUGGACCUGCCUAGAUUAUUCGAACUUGGCGGAACUGCGCCGUUGCCGUAAGCAGCAGCAAACCUUCGACAACUGCGUCCUUGAUAAGCUGGGGUGGGAGAGACCUGAGCUGGGAGACCUGUCUAAGGUGACCAAAGUGUCGACCCCGCGGGCCCUCCCUGAGAACCCUUACCAUUCUAGACCACGUCCUGAGCCCAACCCAGCCAUCGAGGCAAAACUGGAGCCUUCCAAACAUGGCAGCAAGUUAUUCUUCUGGAACUGGUGAGGCAGUACCAGAAAGUCAGUCACCUCCCAAAGCCAUGGCCUCUGUCCAAAAACAGCUAGACUACUUGAUACAGCAAAUGUUCUUCAAAAGGUUUAAAUCUUUGCAAAUCCAGACACGAGCAUCAAGGAUGCUGGUACCUUUUUAUCUGUAUAUGGUCUGAGGGUUGGUUUUGGGCAGGGCUCAUGUCCUAAUAGUCUCUUCAGUAGCUGUACCUCCAGCUUCAUCAAAAACAGUUUGAUAAAGGAAGGAAGGAUGGACAAUUGUGUGAACAAAGUCCAUGAAUCCACACAGCUUUCAUGACCACCUCUGUAAAUGUAAUGAGUGAACCAAUGCAACAUGUUGUUAUUGUUGUCAAAUAAUAAAAAAGAUAAAUUAUAAA